UUUUCGAAAAUGAAUAUUAUUCUUAUACACUUAACUGUAACGCCUGACGACGCUUAUUGGGGAUUGCAUUAAAUUUAAAUCAGCAUCCCUCUGAAACUUGCAAUAUGAUGUUUUGCGUGAUAUGUCCUUUAAACAAAAAUCUUUCCAGUUCGGCCAAUAUGUCCCUAAUGACAAGGUCUUAAAUAAGAAGAUUCCUGAGAAUCCAAAGUACAAACAUGUAAAACCAGCAGUUGACAGUGGAAAACAUGUCGUUAAAGAAAUUAAUGAACAUAAAGAAAGACAAAAAAGCUGCAAUCACCGAAAAAAUGAAGUUUUUAAGAGAAUUAAACUUUCUACAUUUGUUAAACUGGCCAUUGCUGCAGGAUUUGAAUUCUUAGAAACCCAAAAUGAAGGUGGAGUAAGUUGUAGGGAUGGUAGAGAUUCUCCCCAGAAAGCUAGACAAUCAUCCAAUGAGAGGAAAAUGGCUAAUGUCAUAAUGGGAAUAGGAGAACUUGAUAUUUUAAAUGAAAAAAAGAAACCAGUUCCUCCUCCACCAAAACCAAUAAAGAACCUUCCAUACUUGUUGUUGGAUGUUAGAGAUCGAGAAGAUUUUUUAAGGUGCCAUAUUGUCACAGCUAAAAACUAUCCGUCCGCUAUGUUAUCACGCUCUACAGGUUAUGAAACAGAAGAAAUGAAGUUAUAUAAAAAUGAUAGAUUCAAACUGAUUAUUUUGUAUGAUGAAGAUGAAACUAUUGCAAGCAGAGUUGCUACCACCCUCAUUGAAAGAGGCUAUGAAAAUGUUUUUUUAUUAUCUGGAGGCUUAAAGUUUGCUUUAGAAAUAUUCCCAAUUGGCUUGACUACAUCUUUAUCUCCCCUUCAUUUACCCAGAAUUCACCAUGGUGCUUCGCCACGUUUGCAGCUGACAGAAUCGAAAGAUCAUUUUUCUGCUGAAGAAAUCCAAGCUCUGCAAUGCUACAUGGGUGAAGCAUUUCCAACCAUACCUGUAGAUUCAUUAGGCAGGCCUCAAACCAGAAACAGCUCUUGCAGCAAGGGUGGUGACGCCGCUACGUCUAGGUCCAACGAAUCCAGUAACUUGCCGCCUUUGAAGCUGUGUUCCUUUUCUGCAAGAGGCGACAGCGCUUGCAGCUCACGAUGCACUGACGUCUCUCCUACAAGGCACGAAGCCAGAAGCAGUGCAAGCGCCAAAGACAAGUCUCAGUCACGGAAAGCACCAUGGAAGUAACUUGGCAGAUUGAAUGUCUAUGAAUUUCAAACCGUCCGGCAAUAUAUGAAUCGCACAAGAACGUCUUACAUUUUUGCAAUUGAAUGUUUCAUAUAAUUUUAACAGUGUUUAUACUCCUCUUAGAUAAGCCACUAUUUAUGAAUCAAUUUUUUUUUCUGCAGCUCUGAUCGUCUGUAUAAUUAAAGUUUAAAAAUAGUUUCUGGUUUUCUGAAUGUAGUAAUUGAAUUAUUUUUCAAAUGCAUAUUGUAAUAGAAUUCAAAUAAAAGUGAUUUAUUUUAUCUUUAA